AAUUCAACCAUUUUGGAGGUUUCACUUACUUAACGCUCCCCUUUUCUUUCAAUCAAUUUCCUUUUCGAAAUUUUAAACAAAAAUGAUUACACUCAAGCCGGCUAAUCCUCCGAUUUAUUGUUCUUCUUCCGGUUCCAAGAGUGGACAGUUUUUUCUUGUUCCAAAGAUUGGUUUCAUGAAGUUGCCGUCGCUUUCUUUAGGGUUGAAUGGUGGUAACCAUGCCAGGUUGAGCUUGAUUCUGGCGACGGAGGAAUCCACUGUCGCGAUGACGAAUGGCCGUGCCGCCGCUGUCGUUUCCGGUGAAUAUCCACCACAAAUGGUUACUAAUGGAAAGCCAGGAAACAUUGUAUGGCACAGAAGUUCAGUUGGUAAAGUUCAUCGGCAAGAGUUACUUCAGCAAAAGGGUUGUGUCAUAUGGAUUACGGGUCUCAGUGGCUCAGGAAAGAGCACUUUGGCAUGUGCUCUCUGCCAAGCCUUGUAUUCUACCGGGAAGUUGACGUACAUCCUUGAUGGUGAUAAUGUUCGUCAUGGGUUAAACCGUGACCUUACUUUUAAAGCCGAAGAUCGUGCAGAAAACAUUCGAAGGAUUGGAGAGGUAGCAAAGCUCUUCGUUGACGCCGGCAUCAUCUGCAUUGUCAGCGUGAUAUCUCCCUAUCAAAGAGACAGGGAUGCAUGCCGUGCACUGUUGCCAGAAGGAGAUUUCAUUGAGGUGUUCCUGGAUGUGCCAAUCGAAAUAUGCGAGGGAAGGGACCCAAAGGGCCUGUAUAAACUUGCAAGAGCUGGAAAAAUUAAAGGUUUUACCGGUGUCGAUGACCCGUAUGAACCACCUCUGAAUUGUGAGUUAACAUUGCCACCAAAGGGAUACAGCUGUGCUUCCCCAUCCGAAAUGGCCGAAACUGUGAUAUCUUACCUGGAGGAGAAGGGGUACCUGCAGGCCUAAGAAGGUACAAAUCGAGUGAUUACCGGUUUCCAUAAUCGACUGUAAUUCCACCAAUGAAAAUCGAUUAUUUUCUAAAUCAAGGAAAUUUCUCAUUUCCUGCAUUAGAAGAACUUAUGGUUUCAUAUAUCCAUGUAAUCCUGUUUUUGGCAUCAAGGAAACUUCUUGUUUCCUGUAUAUGUAGUUUAUGUUAUGUAUUAGAUAAUUAGAAUGCGUGUCCUUUGUUAGGCCUCAUUAAAGCCUUGCUAUGGGGGAGUAAUUGGUGCAUCGAUUUGUAUCAUAUGGCGUUGUAAUGGUUUUGCUUACUAAUAAACUCAGAUUUUCUCUUAAGGAUACCCUUUUAAGUU